ACUGGGUUAUUUAAGAAUAAUUUGUUUUGUUCAACUAGUAUUUUUUAUUCAGAUUUUGCCAACCAAUCAUUUACGUGGAUAAUCAGAAAUGACUUGUAGAUACACAAGAUGUUCAGGGUGCUUCAAUCGAAUGAAUUUUGGACUUUUGUUUAUUCGGAAUUUCGGAUACCGCAGCAGACUAUGCAGUCGAGUUGUCGGAGUGCUGCUGCAGGUUACAGAUUGCAGAGGACAUGCAAAAUUAACGAAGUAAACAUAUAGUAUAUAUACUUAAGAUAAAUCGUGAUGGGCUGUCGAUUCAAAACCUGUCAAAACCCAAGUUGACGCUGCUCGUGGAUUUCUCUUUUAAAAAUAGAAUGUUACAUUGUCGAGAUGAAUUCGAAGUGAGAAAGAAGAUAAAUUUUUUUGUGAAAUCUCGUUCAAAGGAAUUGACAAGAAGCUGUGAGGUUAGACCUUUGGAAUAAUGGAAGGGGAGUCGAGGAUUUACUUCUCCCUCAAAGUAAUAUUAGCUCUAGGAUUUGGAAUUUUACAUCGCUGGCAUGUGUCAACGUUGUUUGAAAAUGAAAGACACUUUUCUCAUUUGUCGGAGCUUGAGAGGGAAAUGUCGUUUAGAACAGAAAUGGGGAUGUAUUAUUCAUAUUUCAAAACAAUAGUUGAAUCUCGAACUUUUUACGAGGGGAUGCAAAAAGUGCACCACGACAAUCUAUCGGAAUAUCCAAACGUCAUCAAUGCCGAAAGUAAAUAUAGUCUUGGACCAGAAGUGAACAUUGGUAUGUUUUAUCAUAUUAUGAAAUUUUUCGGUCUUCUGCCAAAGCCACAAUGUUGGCAGAUUGAAAGAGGCCAUGGCUUGGCACCAAUAACCAGCUGUGAGGGUAUAGGAGUGCCAGUGUAUUUUUACUUGGAAUUCGUAUGGCUGUGCGCGCUAGUCACUGGAUACACAAUAUUUCUUUUUGGGGCCAAUCUGAGUGGAUCCGUCAUCGGAGGCCUAAUAGCUGUAGCUUCGUUUUUUUUCAAUCACACAGAAUGUACCAGAGUACAGUGGACACCACCUUUGAGAGAGAGCUUUGCUUAUCCUGCUCUGCUCUUACAGAUGUUCUUGCUGUCGGAAAUUUUGAAAAAGAAGAAAAAACCGGAAACCACCUCGACAUACGUUGACUUGACAGUAUUAUCGGGUUUCUGUCUGCAAAGCUGGCAGUUCUCUCAAUUUGUAUUUGUGACCCAGACAAUAGCAAUGUUGAUUCUCAAAUGGCUGCGAAUAAUCGACGUCAGCAUGUACAGAUUUUUUAUAACGAUUCACUUGCUCGCAGUUGGCUUGGUGUUCGCUGUAACGGGCAACUCCUUCCUCAUGAAUUCGAUACACUUGGCGUUGCUCAUCGUAAGCUGUUUCACAUCGGAACUCAGUCACUUUUUAUCAUCCCGCCAUUAUGAUCCUAAAACAAUGACGUUAUUGGAAAUCGCGUGCACUCUUGUCUUCAGCAAACUAUUCAAGAUCGCGUUAUCGUCCAACUCCGAUGACGAGCACAUUUUCAACAUCUUGCGCUCAAAAAUAUCAUCUUACAAGGAUUUUCACACGCUUUUGUACACAUGCGCUCCUGAAUUCGAUUUUUUAAAGUACGAGAAUUACGAAGCAAUCGUGAAAACUUUCCUGCUGCCAACUGCCAUUCUCGCGGGUUUUCUGAUUCUGUACUACUGGUACAGGAACUUGAGGUCACAGGGCUUUCCAGGAUGCAUCGAACCACAUGUUGCCUACAACAUGCUGCAAAUGGGAGCUUUUGUCAUUAUGGCGGUGUUUGUCAUGCGGUUGAAGCUAUUUAUGACGCCCCAUUUGUGUAUCCUCGCUGGACAAGUUUCUAGCAAACGAUACCUCGAAAAGUUGGGGAUCAAGAAGAAAACAACGCAAGGUGCUCUGAUCGCGCUUAUACUCGCCUUGAUGUCUUAUCAUGGAUUCCAGCGUGUGCUUAAGGAGCGAGAUUUCGUCGGAGAAUACAGUAAUGUGGAUCAAGAGGAAGUACUCGAGUGGAUACAGACGUCAACGCCAAAAACAGCAUCUUUUGCUGGUCAAAUGUCUCUAAUGGCAAAUAUCAUGUUAUCAACAAAGAGGCCAGUUGUUAACAAUCCUUAUUACGAAAGUAAAGAGAUGCACGAAAAAACGAUGAAGGUUUAUGAAAUAUUCAGCAGGAAAUCCGUAGCUGAGGUUCACGAAACAUUAAUGAAAUUACAUGUGGACUAUCUUGUCAUUGAAGAAGGCCUAUGCUAUGGAUAUGGAUAUUGGAAACCAGGUUGCAAAAUGCUGGAACUAUGGGACUUUGUCGAUAGGGGCAAAGCAAAAAACGAAGGCCAGGUACCGGUGUGCCCGACGCUAUUCCACGGCAACGCCCAUCCGUUCCAUCGCGUCUUCGAGAACCGCAGCUAUGUCGUUUUGCAGCUGAAUUACACCAAGUUCAUUGAGCUCAAACCAAAGACUAUUAUGUACAGUCAGUAAAUGAUUUGAAACGUGCCUACACACAAAAACAAAAAAAUUAUUUUCCCUAGUGCCGAAGGAAAAUACGUGAUAUAGACGUUCAGAGGGAGAGAUAUUUUUAAUAUUGCAGGAAUAAACGUUGCUCUUUUUUUUCUUCUUUAUACGUUGAUUUUACUUUAGAGUAGCUGUACAGUUGACGUUGAUUUUUUUCUUUAGCUUAUGUAAAACUAGGUGUAUUUGUUUUUGUUCUUUCGACCUAUCUUUUAGCUACUCUUGUUGCCAUACAUCCUAAAGACACCAAUUGUACAGACAACUUGUCUAUAUUAAGAAUUAUUUUAAUAAACAUUGGAUGUGUACCAAUCA